ACCUCCCUAUAGCUAAUUUCAAAACAGACAGACAGUCGACUUUAAAUAUUGGAGUCCAAGUCACCGGUCAGGUAGGAUCUCACAAUGAUGCAGUCCGUGCUUGGUUCGAUUCUUGUCCUCGUCGUCGGGGUUACAUUCGCUCAGUUUCCAUCUCGAUGUAUGUCUCCGCAAGAAAUGCAGUUUGGAAUGACUAUAACCGACCAUGUGAAGAACACGAUAACUUUGUACACAGUGGAAUAUGAUGCACCCAAUGAGCGAGUCGCUUUCAUGGAGACAGGCGUCUUCUCAACCAGUCGACAACUGCACACACAGAUCUACCUGUACAGAGAGAGGACGAUGUACGACAUAAACCUGGCGACGAAGGAGUGCACCAAACAAACUCUGGACAUGCCGUUCCGUCCGUACAGCAUUCCGGCCAACGCCACGUUCAUAUCCGACCUUACUGUGGGCGAUCCAUGGGAGGAGGUGUUUGCACAGUCCUGGUCAGAAAUAGAUGGUGCCCUUUGGAUUGGUAUGUUCAGCUUCAAGAAGUGCAUUCCGAUCAGACAGCAUCAUUUCGACGCCGGGACAUUUAUCGAAGGAUCGACAAUGGACUUCUUUGACGUUGUGACUGGCAUCUACAACCCCGGCGCAUUCACCCCACCAGCAGAGUGCAACAAAUAGAUAACUCAUCUACAACCCCGGCGCAUUCACCCCACCAGCAGAGUGCAACAAAUAGAUAACUCAUCCUAAACUCAAUGGCUUGAAUCUAGAUAUAAUUAUGUCGGGUGUCUGCAUAGCUACAACCCUGCGGAGUACUGGUUUUACUGAUAGUCAGUAAAAGUUCUAUCCGUAUAGCAUUGCAGAGUUUUGUGUCUGUUGACAUUUCUUUGUAUAUCAGGUGACAACGCCCCCCCCCCCCCCCCCCUCCGCCCCGAAAAAACAAAACAAACAAAAGCAACAGCAACAACAACACCCCCUCAACAAAACAAAACACCCCCCCCCCCCCCAAACAAACAAACAAACAACAAAAACCCAAACAAAACCGUAUAGAAAAAACGCUACGAUAACCCUACUGAAUAUGGAAUGAUUUUUCAAAUAUGGGGACUGUAACUUUGAUAUCACACACCCAUUACAAUAUAGAUAUUUGCCACUUUCAGCAUAGAUUCAGAACUGUUUGUCAAACAAUGCGACGCGAAAAAGCUAAUUCAAAGCUUUUACUUUUGUUGAAUAAAAAUAAUUGUGUCGGGUCUCUAUGUACCUCCAGCGUUAACCCUGCAUAGUGUUUUACUAAUAUGGAAAAACAAAUAAUUGUAUUGAGUCUCUGUUUAUCUACGUUAACCCUGCAUAGUAUGUUACUAAUAUUGAAUAAAGAUAAUUAAUAUACAUCGGGUAUCGGUACAUUGUUGACGAUAUAUAAUUUUAUCGAGUCCUUGCAUAUCUACAACUUUUUAUUAAUGUUGAAUAAGAUACUUGUACGAGGAUUUUGUUUAUAUCUACAACCAUGCCGAGUUUCUACUGAUGUUCAAUAAAGAUAACUGUAUCGAGUAGGGUGUAUAUGAACACCAAGUAUAAUUGUUUUAUAUCUACAACCAUGCCGAGUUUCUACUGAUGUUCAAUAAACAUAACUAUAUCGAGUAGGGUGUAUAUGAACAACCAAGAAUAAUUGUUUUAUAUCUACAAACAUGCCGAGUUUCUACUGAUGUUCAAUAAAGAUAACUGUAUCGGGUAGGGUGUAUGCGAACAACCAAGUAUAAUUGUUUUUACUACUGUUGAAUAAAGAUAAUUCCACACA